AUGAAGCAGUCACUGGCAGCUGAGUACUGUCGUAGAAAUAUUUGACUGAAAAGUAGUCAAUUUAAAGAUAUUUCUCAAGAGACCGGAGCUUGUGAAUCCAAGAAUUAGACUUUAUUGCAUAAUAAAGCCGAGCUUGCUCCAUGGAACAACUGUCUCUCUUUUGCUUAGAGAUCUCUUAUAUAACACACAAAUGCACAGUCAUGUAUACAUAGCUUACAAAGCUACUCCCCUUAAGAUCACUGAUUAACUUCUUUAACUGCCACGCCACUAUUAUCUUUCAAAGUCCAACAACACAUGUUGUUUACUCCAAAAGACCAUGUGCGCUUUUCCAUAUGGCCUCUUCCCCUUAUCUCAUUAUAUUGGUGACGUGGCUCAGACACUUUUAAAAAUAAAAUGCAUACAUUCAUUAAAGCAUGUUUACACAUUAUAUUGACUAUAUUCCUUAUUUAAACAUGCAUCUGGACUUAUAAAAUGUCAAUCAUGUUUACUAUAUUUUAUCUUUGACAUUUCCCAACAUUUUCCUUAAUGAUACAUAAAAUAUUACCAUAGUACGAAAAGGGAGGAGACAUCAAAGAAAGACUCAGAUCUCUUCCAUUCAAGCCUCACGAUGAGAUGUUCACCAGUCUGUUUGGCUGUGGGAAGCAAUGUCCCUUCUGUGGUGUACCUUGUGAAGCAGGGGGGAUAGAGCACAACAAACACCAUUCCUCCAUUCACCGUUCACAAGGUAUCUGUGGUUAUCGGAAUAAUUAUUCAAAGAAAUUAGUAAUUGAGAUAUGUUCAUCUCUUGUGGUUAGUUGCAAAGCAACAUUCUCCAACGCUGUGACUGGAGGAAAGUUUCACCCCUACAAGGACUACCAGACAUAUUACCCUGACUGGAUCAUAACUGGUGAUGCCAGCGUGGAGGUGUCAGACUACUGGAAGUAUGUGAUGGCCACAUUCCAUGAGAGAAUCGCUAAAGAAGUAAAUGCACUUCCUGCUGAUAUCCCAGGGGACUGGAAGGCAUUAACACCUGAUGAUACAAUGAGAAGCUUAAAAAUGUCAUUCAACAUGAAAUGA